AUGGCGGAUGGUGUCGCCCCAGAACUUGCGCCCUUAUUCUCAGCUGCCGAGUAUAUAAACGACGGAAAGCUUCACAUCCUUCUUGCGGCGAGCGGUUCGGUUGCUACAAUCAAGUUGCCCAACAUCGCCGAGGCCUUGGGCCGACAUGCCAAUGUCUCCCUUCGCAUUGUCCUAACAGCCUCAUCCAGCAAGUUCCUUGCCGGGCAGAGCGCCGAACAACCGUCUUUAGAACAGAUACGACGUCUUCCAAAUGUCGAUGGAAUAUACCAAGAUCUGGACGAGUGGAAGGUUCCAUGGGUGAGAGGGUCAAGCAUCCUCCACAUUGAAUUGAGAAGAUGGGCCCAUUUCAUGCUUAUUGCUCCAUUAUCGGCCAAUACUUUGGCUAAAAUGGCCCUGGGGCUGGCCGACAAUUUAUUGCUAUCAGUGGUCAGGGCUUGGGAUGUACACGGAACAGUUGAACCCGCCCGGACGAUAUACGUCGCCCCAAGUAUGAAUACGAUGAUGUGGAAACAUCCACUUACCGAAAAACAUAUCAAGACAUUGGAGCGGGGUUGGAACGCCGACUCUAUGGAAGGGAGAAGCUGGAUUACAGUUUUGAAGCCCAUGGAAAAAGAGCUUGCCUGUGGUGAUACUGGGGACGGUGCAAUGCGAGACUGGAGAGUAAUAGUGAAAUUCAUUGAAGAGGAUGUGGGCCUGGACCUUUGA